GAGGGGGAGUGAGGGGGGGCAGACAAAAUGUCCGGCGGCGUUGCCGCGGUAACGGCUGCCCCCGCCAUGGCGGAGGGGCGGGCCCCGCGGUUGGUGCUUGGCAAUAUAAAGUUGUGGAAGUAGCCGGCAAAGGUACUUAGGAUUGUGUUGAAAAUGCUGGGAGAGAAAAAGCAAUUAAUCGUGAAAAGAGACCUUUAUGCAGACCCCACGUUUCCAGCCAAUGAUACGUCAAUAUUUUUUGAUUAUUGUACACCACUUGCCCAAUUUAGAGGCGAGAUAUCUUGGUUGAGACCUAAGGACAUUUGUUCUUCUCCUCGGUUAUUUUCAAACGAUCCACAGGAUGUGCAAGUGAAACAAGGACUUUUGGGAGACUGUUGGUUCCUGUGUGCCUGUGUAGCUUUGCAGAAGAGUAAAUACCUACUGAAUAAGGUAAUCCCUCCAGGCCAGCCCAGCUGGACAGAUGAGUCAUAUCAAGGGUGUUUCACUUGUCGAGUCUGGCAGUUUGGACACUGGGUGGAAGUGACCAUUGAUGAUCGUUUGCCUUGCCUUGGUGGUAAACUCUGCUUUUCCCAGUGUCAGACAGAGGAUUUGUUUUGGCUUCCACUACUGGAAAAAGCUUAUGCAAAAGUGCAUGGAUCUUAUGAACAAUUGUGGGCAGGACAAGUGGCAGAUGCUUUGGUUGAUCUGACUGGAGGAAUUGCUGAAAGAUGGACCCUGAAAGACCCUGAGAGAAACACAAAGAAAGAGAAGGCUGGCAUGGUUUUGGAGAAAGCACUGUUUAGGAGAUUAAUGACUCUGAAGGAACAGUGUGUAAUAAGCUGCUCAGUCCUCAAUUCCAGACAAGGUGCAAGUGAACUAGGAGAAUUCCAUGCCUUUAUUGUGUUAGAUAUGUUGAAUCUGUCUGAACUGUCAGGCAAGGAAAUCUUCUUACUACGGAUACGAAACCCUUGGGGGAGGAGGUGCUGGAGAGGUCCCUGGUGUGAGGGUGGUCGAGGAUGGAGUCAGCUGGAUCCAGUAGUUGCUGCAGAACUUCUCUCACAGAUCAAAGACGGAGAAUUCUGGGUUGAUGAAGAAGAAUUUUUCAGGGAAUUUGAUGAAAUUACCAUGGGCUUUCCUGUCAAUGAGGAAGGACAACUUCAGAGCCUCUAUACAGAGAAAGUCCUGUAUCACUCACAGAAUCUUUUUGGAUCGUGGGUGAGAGGCCAGUCUGCAGGUGGCUGCCGUAACAACAGCAGCUUCCCUACCAACCCAAAGUUCUGGCUGAGAGUCUGUGAGAAGAGUGAGGUUUGCAUUGCUCUGCUCCAGAAACGCAGCAAGUGUCGUGCUGACCGGGCUGGGAGAAUUCAAAAUCUGACUCAUGUAGCAGAGGAAAACCUCUCUUUGACUGAAGGCAGACAGGCGAAGAAUUAUCAGGCUGUGGGAUUGCAUGUCUGGAAGGUGGAGAAGAAACGAUUUAACCUUCCAAAGACCCUCUCUGCUCCUCCAGUUGUAGGUACCGUCUGCCAUUCCUAUGAUAGAGAAGUGCAUGUGUGCUGUGACCUUUCGCCUGGGUUUUAUCUUAUUGUUCCCAGCACUUUUCUGAAAGAUGCAGUAGGGAAUUUCUUGCUUCGUGUAUUUUCAACUGGAAGGACCUCCCUCAGUGAAUUAAAGCCACCACCCACAGAUGCUGCCCUCUGUGAAGAACUCCCAGGAGGUGAAUGGGAGACAGUGCAGCUACAUGGAUGCUGGAAAAAUGGGCAAAGUGCUGGAGGCAGCAGGAACUUCCCAUCCUUCCAUAUCAAUCCCUGCUUUCCCCUUUGCAUUCCUGCAGGACCAGGAAAAAGCAGUGUAAAAGUUACCCUCCGUCAGCACUGCCAAGAUAGCAAAUGUUGUCCAAUAGGGUUCCAUAUUUUCCAGGUGCCUGACAGCAGCUGGAAACCACAUACUACUUCUUUUCUACACUUGGAGCCACUGGUUAGCUGUGUACCUCAUUGCUAUUCCCAGGAAGUAAGCCAGCUUUGCAGACUUUCUGCAGGAAGUUAUGUAAUUAUUCCCUCUACCUACUUGCCCAAUACAGAAGGCAGUUUUACACUGGACAUAGCAACCAAAAUAGACAGAAAGCGCAUUCACAGCCGGGAGACACUUGGACAAGUAUUGCAAGAAAUUUCAUUUACAACUGUGAUGAAAAGGUAAUCUAGAAUUCUCAUUUCAAGAAACAUCAGAAAGCCAAGGAGUGUCUCACCACUUCCUGUUUCCAGUUUUAAAUGGAAUCGAAAGAAGACACUCUUAGCCCAGCUGUUUUUCACUUGUAUCAACUGUCAGACCUACAUUGAUUUCUUUGUAAAAAUACCUCCUUAAUCAUGUACACUCUGAAUAUUUGUUCUUCUCCUUUUUUUUUUUAUUUUUUUUUUAUUUUUAGAACCAACACUGUACAGUAAAUCAUAAUGUACCUCAGUUCUUCAAAAAACACAGGUGGGAAGUACAUGCAUGUUUUAACCCAAGCUACAGUUUUGGAAGAAAACCUAUGUGAGUAAUAAAAUUAUAUUUUGGGUAAAAAAACCCCAAAUCGACCUUACAGAAUAACUUCAGGAGACCAAAGGGGUGUACCUAGAGGAAAAAAACUGGAGUAUUUUUUUCAGGUAGGACAUACCUCAAGAACUGUCAGAAUACACUGGAGAAAGUUCAAGCUUGUAUCUGACACUGCCAGUCUUGCUGAAGAGCACUUUAUUGCAGGCCCUUGAUUGAAGCAUGCAAACAGUGGUUUGAAAGAAAGAUUUUAUUUUUCUUGGUGAGUUUUUAUUUAAUGAACACCACAAAGAAAAAAGAUAAGACUUGAAAACUUUACUUUACGAACUGUGAUAUCAGACUGCUUUUGUAAAUCUGUAAGAUGUUUUAUGCAGUAUCUGCCCUUAUUGUAAGAAAUACGAAGUUUAAAAGAUUUUUCUUAAUUUAUGUUUGAAAAUAUUUCAUAUUCAAGGAGGAUUUUUAGAUGUUAUAUUUUCCUCAAUAAAAUGGAGUAAUAGUGAAAGAUUUAACUUGUCUUUUAUUAAAAUGGUAAAACCUGUCAA